GCCGCGGCGGCCGGAGGCGGGGGUCGCGCGGCCGCUCGGGGCGGCGCUGGGCGGGCGGUGCUGGGCCCGCCCCGCCGGCAUCCCCGGCCCGACUUCCUCCUGCCUCGGCCGGCCCAGCUGGAGGAAGCGGCGGUGGCGGCGCGACCAUGAGCGCGGGCGACGCGGUGUGCACAGGCUGGCUCGUCAAGUCGCCCCCCGAGAGGAAGCUGCAGCGUUACGCCUGGCGCAAGCGCUGGUUUGUCCUCCGGCGGGGCCGCAUGAGCGGUGACCCCAACGUCCUGGAGUACUACAGGAACAAGCACUCAAGCAAGCCCAUCCGUGCCAUAGACCUCAGCGAGUGUGCAGUGUGGAAGCACGUGGGCCCUGGCUUUGUUCGGAAGGAAUUUCAGAAUAAUUUUGUGUUCAUUGUCAAGACUACUUCUCGUACAUUCUAUCUUGUGGCCAACACCGAGGUGGAAAUGCAGGUGUGGGUGAACAGUAUCACUCAGGUCUGCAACCUCGGCCACCUGGAGGGUGGUGCAGCAGAUUCCAUGGAGAGCUUCUCUCACAUGCCAUCCUCCCUCCAGCCAUCCCCCGCCAGCUGCCUUCAUACCCGCCAUGCUGUCAGCUCCUCCUCAUCUGGAGAUGACCCAAGGACUAAUACCACAGUCACUGAGGAAAGGAGAAGUGAGUCAGAGUUUCUCUCCCUUCCUGAUUACAUGAUUCUGUCCAACUGUGAGACUGGAAGACCACGCCAGGCCAGUCUACCCACCAGAUGUGAUAGCUGGUCCAACUCAGACCGCUCGUUGGAACAGGCUUCCUUCGAUGACGUUUUUGUUGACUGCCUGCAGCCCCUGCCCUCUAGUACCUUGGUCCAUGCCUCACGCCAUGGGAAUGGAUCUCAGGAGGCACCUCCCAUGAGGCCUCAGGCUGCCCUGAUCUGGAGUAGAGAUAUCAGUGGGCCAUCCAUGGACCGCUUUUCUUCACCAUUGCUGGAAACUUCCUUAAAUUCCACCAUUCACGUAGAUAAAAACCAAGGUUCCUUGCCCUAUGGGGUAAAAGAAGUAGACAUCAUGUUCAACACGCCACCUCCCCGCCCCCCUAAGCCAAGCUAUCUCUCUGAACGGCGCCAAGAGGAGCAGCACAUGUGGAGUGGGCACAGCGGCAUCCAGAAGGCAGAAUGCACUGCGGCACAGAGAAGAAUCUCUCUUUCUGGUUUAGAUAAUGUGCCAACCUGGAAAGCUGAUGUAGAAGGCCAAUCCUUAAGACACCGAGACAAGCGGCUUAGUUUAAAUUUGCCAUGCAGGUUCUCCCCAGUGCACCCCACAGCCUCGGCCAGUGUUGAAGACAGCUACGUGCCCAUGGGCCCCCAGGCCACUGCCUCUGGUCUUGGACCUCACUUCAGCCCUAAUGACUACAUCCCAAUGAGCUCAGGAAGCAUCCCAAGCCCAUUGUCUGAGCUGCCUGCAGACCUGGAGCCACCCCCAGUGAAUAGAGAUCUCAAGCCUCAGAGGAAACCACGGCCACCUCCUCUGGAUCUGAGAAACCUGUCCACCAUCCGGGAGCACACAUCUCUAACCAGGUCCUGCACUGUGCCUUGCAAUCGAACCAGCUUUCUCUCUCCAGAAAGAAAUGGUAUUCAUUCUGCAAGAUUUUUUGCCCAUUCUGUUUCCAGAGAAGAGGAAGAAAGCUACAUCCAAAUGGAGAAGCACAGAACAGCCAGUUCCCUGAGCAGCGGUGCUCUGACGUGGACAAAGAAAUUCAGCCUGGAUUAUUUAGCCCUGGACUUCAAUUCGGCAUCAUCAGCUCCUGUACAGCAGAAACUUCUCCUGUCAGAAGAGCAAAGAGUUGACUAUGUCCAAGUGGAUGAGCAGAAGACACAGGCUCUUCAGAACACAAAGCAGGAGUGGACGGAUGAGAGGCAGUCCAAAGUGGGGUUGUGCAGAAUGGGGCACUGAGGGACCCCCCAAGCCUCCAAGACCCCACGGCCACAAAGCGCAUCAGGAGGGAGGAGCCCUGGGCCCAGCAAAGAGCUUGGCUACAAGGAUACAGAGAGAUCCUGUGGGGCCCAGUGUCCAGGCUGCUUCACUGCAGAGUA